UCUCUGGCUGUGCUGACCGGCCAGUCUCACUGAGCCCAAGGGAGGCAGGUGCCCAGCAGCUGGGAGCAUGGCUGAGGAGGUAGAGAGGAAGGAAGCCCCCCAUGCUGACACCCACACCAAAGAGAUCGACUUGGUGAAGAGAGACCCCAAACACCUGAACGAUGAAAUCGUUAAAGUAGAGUUCGAGGAGGUGGUGGCCGAGCCCGAGGGAUACCACAGCGUGUCACCAGUGUGGCGCCUCACCCACACCACCUUCACGGUCUCCGAGUACUGGUGUUACCGGCUGAUGACCGCCAUAUUUGGAGUGCCGAUGGCCGUCCUCUGGGGCUUCCUGUACGCCUGUGCCUCCUUCUGGCAGGUGUGGGCGGCCGUGCCCUGCCUGCGCUGUGCCCUGAUCGAGCUGUACUGCCUCGCCAGCACGCUACCGGCCUGCCUGCGUGCUGUCUGCGACCCGCUCUCCCAUGCUGCUGGAGGAUUGCUGCUCAGUGUCCGUCUGGCCCUCAGGAAGGAGAGCUAGCGCAGACCACCCGCCUUAUCCAGGGCUUCCGACAUCAUUCUUCCUCCUCCUCCUCAGGUUGCCACCCUCACCCUCCUUCCAAUAUCCUUCCCAGUCACCACUCCCUCUCCCUCCAAACCUCUCCAUUCCCCAGCUCCCUCUCUCUUCCCCAUUCCCCCUCCCCUCCCCACCUUUUCCUCCUCCUUGCAUCCCUCUCCCUAACUCCAUCAUUCCCCUGUCUCACCAAUUCUCCACACCUGCCACUCUUCUCCACACCUGCCACUCUUCUCCAAACUCCUCCCCCUCCCCUUUAAUUCCCCACAACCCUCCUCUAACCAUCCACAUCCCUCAACCACCGUCUCUCCCCUCUCCCUCCAAUCUCACACACAGACCUCCUCACUCUCCAAUUCUCUCUCCACCCCUUCACCACUCCCUCCACACCUCUCACUUGCCCUUUAAUCCCCUCCCACUCAAUACCCCACCUCCCCAUCCAUCCCUACCACCUCUUCACCCCUCCCUUCCCCUCCACACCACUACCUUUCCAAUCCUCACCUCCUGCUCCAACCCUUUCCCUACCCCUCUUCACUGGUGUCUCUCAGCAGCAUAAUCCUCUCAGUCCCUCUCAGUCCCUCUCUCAGAUGGAGAUCUGUCAACUGACCGGUGUCUCUCAGUCCCUCUCUCUCAGGAACAGAUCUGUACACUGACCAGUGUCUCUCAGUCCCUCUCUCUCAGGGGGAGAUCUGUACACUGACCCGUGUCUCUCAGUUCCACUCUCUCAGGAACAGAUCUGUACACUGACCAGUGUCUCUCAGUCCCUCUCUCUCAGAGGGAGAUCUGUACACUGACCGAUGUCUCUCAGUCCCUCUUUCUCAGGGGGAGAUCUGUACACUGACCAGUGUCUCUCAGUCCCUCUCUCAGAGGGAGAUCUGUCAACUGACCGGUGUCUCUCAGUCCCUCUCUCUCAGGAGGAGAUCUGUACACUGACCGGUGUCACAGCCCCUCUCUCUCAGGGGGAGAUCUGUACACUGACCGGUGUCUCUCAGUCCCUCUCUCUCAGGAGGAGAUCUGUACACUGACCAGUGUCACAGUCCCUCUCUCUCACGGGGAGAUCUGUACACUGACUGGUGUCACAGUCCCUCUCUCUCAGAGGGAGAUCUGUACACUGACCGGUGUCUCUCAGUCCCUCUCUCUCAGGAGGAGAUCUGUACACUGACCGGUGUCACAGUCCCUCUCUCUCUGAGGGAGAUUUGUACACUGACCGGUGUCUCAGUCCCUCUCUCAGGGGGAGAUUGGUACACUGACCGGUGUCUCUCUGUCCUUCUCAGUCUAUCUCAUUAGUUCUCACUAAAGAACCAUCAACACUUCAAAUAACACAUUAACAAUCUUACACACUGAAAACGUUUUGCAUUUAAAACUCAUUAAGAGUAAAGACUUGAUGAUUAUAUUAAACUCAAUCGCUGCAUCUUGAUGUCAUAUCAAGGACAAGAGAUCACAAGGAACAAUGGUCAGAAUUGUGGGUUUUAUCAAAGUCACGGUGAGGGAUGUGGGGAGUGUCGGUGUUACAGUGAGGGGUGUGGGGUGUCAGUGUCAGUGAGGG